AUGGUGCAUUUCGUCAACACAUACGGCUCUGGCGCGUGCGAGGCUGAGUCUCCCUGCUCCUGCUGCGUCCACCGUGUGCUUGGCACCCGAGGGAAAGCAGCCCUUGGCAUCCUGAGCUUAAAGGACUUCCAACGCGACUUACUUCAGCAACUGCCCAAGUCCAUUCCCCUGGCAGCACCAGAGUGGCAGGGAGGGGGUGGGUCCCUAAAAGGUGAGAAAGGAAACCACGCGGCAAAAGAGGUAGCAGAAGUAGUGGCAGAGAAGGGGGCGGGAGUAGCAGCUAUGGGAGCAGCAGAACUUGGAGCAGCAGGCGAGGGAGAAAACGUAGCGGCAGAGAAAGGGAAGGGAGCGACAAAGAUGGGGGCGGCAGGAGACGUUGAUGAUUACAGUUGGAAACGAGCCCCUUACCUGUGUGCGAAGUCCAUGAUUCUCGAGUGGAUGGCUGAGCCUCGUGUGGGCAUGCUCAUGGACCUGGGGAGGAUCAGAUCCCGCCUCUUCGCUCCUAUUGUGGAGGAGCUAGGGGCACACAGGCAGGGGGAGAAAGACAGCUUGGCGUCGGUGCUGGUGCAGGUGCUGGGGGUUAAGGGAGGAGAGGAGAUGAAAGACGGGUUUAAAGCCCAUCUGCUGCCGCUGCUGCCUGGUGGCGCGGAGGCACACAGAGAGAGCGAGGGUGGAGCAGGGGAGGAUAGGGGAAAGGGCGGAAUAGCGGAUGGCGGGAGAAAAGGGAGGAAUGGGGGGAAGCAGGAGGCUGGGAGAAAGGGUGGAAGACGCGAGGGAAAAGGUGAUGGUGGUGGUGCCGGCAGCAGUUGGGAGUGGAGGCGGGGGCUGGAGGGUCCUCCUGUGUGGAACAGGUCCGGCACCAUGCCGGAGCCCUUGGUUCGGCGGGGCUUUUCUUGGGAGUGGGAAGAGGUGCCUGCUGGCGAUGAAGCUGCUAUAAAGCUUGCUGAUGACGUGGAGGGGAGGAUUCUAUAUGAGAGAAUCCUUAAGGAGGUGUACGGGGCCACUGUUGACUGGAAGAUUCCAGCAAAUGCAGCAGCAGCAUCGUCAGCAGCAUCGUCGUCAGCAGCAGCAGCAGGUUCAAGAAGCCGUCCGGUGGUUCGCGCGGUGGCGGACGUGGAGUUCCUGGUGGAACUGAUGGCAGCAGAGAGAGAGCCUUCCACAUGCACGCGGUGCUGGAAGUGCCACCUCCGGCACGCCGCUGCCAUCAACUACGUCGCGCUGCUCGCCUCCUUCGCCUACCGCCCCGUCUCCACCCUCAUCCACCGCUUCCUCUUCCUCUUCCCCCCCGACCAAACCAAAGAGGCGUACACCCUUCUCCGCAUGUUCAUGCCGUCAGGGCUUGAAGAGAGGGUGAAUUGGAGGCAUGUGAGAGGUCGCUUGGAAGGGUUCGCAGAGGAAAAGGAGAUGGGGAUGUUUACGCAUGCUUGUACGAUGAUAGCGUGGACGUGGACCAAAGAGGAGGAGACAAAUCCAGGGCGCUUUGCACGACUGGCAGCGCAGCAGGGUGCGGAGCAGGGGAAGGGUGGGGUGAGCAAGUGGAAGCAGCUGGAUAGUGAGAUGUGGGAGGAGGUUCGGGCGUGGCGGCACGCUGCCAAGGCUGCGUGGCCCGGGGACAAGAGGAAUUGGAUGGGAGAGCUGCGGGAUGAGUGCACGGGUGGCAGGAAAGGGACGAAACGUGAGAGCAGUGAGGAGGAAGAGGGGGAAGAAGAGGAGGGGGAAGAGGAGGAGGGGGUGGUGGGGGCGGAGGAGGGGCCAGUUUAUGUGCACAAGUGGGUGGGAGGAGUGAACCUGGUGGCUUGCCUGAGAGCCAUGCUGCUGGGGGAGCCAUGGAAAGGUGGGUUAGCAGCGAUGCCAGAAACGGCAAAUCGAGCAGCAGGGAACAGCGCCACUCGGAAUCGAGCAGGAGCAGGGAGCAGAGCAGUAAGAAGCCAAGAACCCGGAACCCCAGCAGGAGCUUUCUGGACAGAUGCAUCUGGUGUAGAUACCCGGGCAGAGCGGCUGAAAUCAGGGUACCGGCGGGUGUGCCAAGGGCCAAAGUGUAGCUGUGUGGAGUGGGAUGGCGUGGAGCUGAAGCUGUGUGCGCGGUGUGGCAGGGGGGAGGGAGAAGAGGGUACGGUGAGGGAGGAGGGGGAACAAGAUGAGGAGCAGGGAGAAAAGCGGCACCAGAGAAACGAGGGCAAGGAGGGUGAUGAGGGCAAGGAGGGUGAUGAGGGCAAGGAGGGUGAUGAGGGCAAGGAGAUUGAAGUGUGA